AUGUGGAAGCUCUUCGCAACCACCUAUCCCGCUGACUUCCCCGCGCACUGCCCGCACCGCACGAUGAAGAUCGAGGGCCCGCUCCUCCCGAUGCCGCAGUACCUGGCCAUGGUGCGCAGCGACGCGCAGCGCUGGCGCACGGUGCUCACACUUGCGGCAUCAUUUGCGCGCGUACCGGACAUGGUGGGCGUGGCGGAGAUCCGCAACCUGGUCGCGCUGGAGGUGGCGUCGCCGGCGACGACGACAGCGGCGAGCGUGCCGGAGGGGGCGGAAACGCCGAUGACGGCGGUGAGCGACCGGAUUGUGCGGACGUGGGGGGAGCUGGCGCAGACGGGGGAGGCGUUUGCGCGCGUGCGCGUCGUGCGGUUCACGAACCAGGCGGAGGUGACGGGCGUGGUGUUGCGGUAUUUGAAGGCGUUUCCGGCGCUGCGCGUGGUGAUUGCGUGUGGGUGUUCGAGGCUGCGUCCGACCCCGGAGGUCAUGGAUGGGUGGGUUCUGGACAAGAUGGAGGAGCCGCAGGCUGCGCUGUAUGCGUGUUAUAUGGGGGUGGUGAAGGAGGAGGUGGCUCAGGCGGGUGGCUCGGCGGAGGCGUGCGAGGGUCCUGUGCUGGACUUUCAGAUCGGUCGCAAGCGCAGGAGGAACAACAUUGAGAUUCUGGUGUUCCGCCGGGUCCAGUCGGACGAUGCUGAGCGCGCGAGGAAGAAGCUCAAGGAGUCAACGGAGAAGAGACCGGUCAAGAAGGCCGUGAUGAAGAAACGACCCGCGCAGGAUCUGGGGAUUUUGCUGGGAGGAUUUAUGUGA